AUGAAGCUUCGCGACUUGGUGCACCGGGUGAGGAAGCGGCCAUCUAAGUCCAAAGAUGGCGAGAUCCUGGAAGAGCGACUUGAAGAGGUAUUGCAGCAACGAUUCGGCAUUUUCGUAUUGAACGACGCAGUCACAUCAAACGCCAACGCAGUAGAAUGA